GCCUGUUUCCUAAUUAGAGGAAUUCGUAAAAGUUUCUGCAGCCUUUGAAGUGCGGUCCAAGGCAGUUGCCCACUUUCCGGGUUUCCUGAUCGCCGGUGGUGUGAUCCCUCGUCUGCGCGCUGCUUUGAAUCCGUAGCUUCCACUAGCAAAUACCGUUUUUCCUGGGUUAAGUUGGACGGGGAGGGCGAGUUCGAAGUUCCGUGACUGGAGCUUUAACUUUUUUCAGCGGCUUGUGUUUUGCUGAGCGAUCUUAAGGUUAGGCGCUGGGCCUGUCAGGCCCUCCGCCGGGCCAUUUCAGAUGGCCAACUUAAAGACGUAUCGGCAGCAGGAGGGGUUUCAUGAUAGGAAGUCUGCCGUUCCGUCAACGGAUGUUCCUCCUUUGGAGGAGCCGCUGGCGGGCUAUAUAUUCGUGUGCAACAACGAGACCAUGGAAGACGACAUAAAACGCGAGCUUUUCGGUUUACCGCAGAAGUAUCACGAGUCAGUUCGGGGCAUUCAACCGGGAAUGCCGCUGUUCCUCUACAACUACACCACGCACCAUCUACACGGGGUCUUCGAGGCGUCAAGCGAAGGUGGUCUGAACCUGGACUCGUCACUGGCGAAAUUCCCGUCACAAGUUAGGGUUCGUCUGCGGGAGCAACGGUCACCGCUGGACGAGACCAAGUUCCGGCGGUUCCUGUACCACUACGACGGGCCCAAGUUUCGCCUCGAGCUGUGCCUUACUGAGGCCAACAACCUCCUGCGAGUCUUCGGUCUGCUAGAAGGAGAGGAGGGCGAGGGGGAGCAGCAGCAGGGGGACGAGGAAGGCGGGCAGUGGGAGAAGGUCAAACCCAAGGGCCGGGGCAUGCGCGGCGGCUAUUCCGGUGGCGGCGGGGGGGGGCAUUUCCGCGGUAAGAAGCACGGGCACGCGCAUCAGGGGGGUCACUGGCGCCCCGCGCAGAACCAAAUGGGCAACGGCGUGGGGCAUUCUGGGGGCGGGGGCGGGGGAGCAGGGGGAGCGGGGGGAGCAGGUGCAGGGCGAGGGGGAGGCGGAGGCGCUGCAGGGGCAGCAGUUCCGCUGCCCCCGCCCGCGCCUCCCGCGGCUGGCGGAAAGGAUGGCGGAGGCCGCGCGGAUUCCUCAGGGCGGUGGCGGCAGGGGGAGGCGGACAGCUGCAGCAAGUCGUCGGGUAGCGGAAGCGGACUGGUUUCCCCCGAUUUAAGCACUACUGGGGGGAGCAGCAGUGAGGAGCGGUCAUCCGCGGGCGGCGGGGACCACGAGGCGGAGUGUAACGGUAACGGGGUUCUCCAUACGGAGGAUAGGCGGAGCGAAGAGUCUUCAUCCUCCGAGCAGGGCGGGGAGGGGGAAAAAGGAGGGGAGGGUGACGCGGAGAGGGGGGGGAGAGGCGGGAGUCCCGGGAAGGCUGCAGGGGAGGGGGGAGCAAGCGGGGCGGGCGGUGGGGGCAGUGUGUGGGCUGUGCGCAGCGCCAAUGUGUCGUUUGCGGCGGUUUUGCUGGGGAAGGCGGAGGAAGGAGCUGCUGGGGGGAGUUCUGAGGGGGCGGAUGGCGCAACGGGAGCCCCCUCAGGGGGAGGGGCGGAAGCUACUGGAGGAGAGACUGCGGGCGCAGUGGGCGCAGCAGGCACAGCAGGGGCGGCGGAGGCGAGCAAGGAGGAACCCCGCUCUGAGAACGCGGGCGCUCCUGCUAGCGCUGAAGCGCCUGAGGCUGUGGCAAGAGCAGGAGCAACAGCACCAGCGCCAGUACCAGGGGAAACCCGCUCAAGUAGCCCUCCAAAAGAGGGUAAACCAGCGGGUAAAGACGGGAGUGCGAGCGGGGAGAAGGCUGGUGCUGAGGAGGAGGAAGAGGGAUGGAUCAAGGUGUCUAGCGGACCUAAGGAGAAGGCGCAGGGGAGAGGGGGAGCAGGGGGGGCGGCGGGUGCUGCUGCGUCGGGCGGAAGGGGGGCGCGGAGGGGGAGCGGGGAGGAGAAACCGGCGGGUGUGUGGGUGAAGAGGGGGGGCCCGGCUGCAGGAGGGGGGAAGGAAGGUCGGGGCGGAGGGAAGAAAGCGGGCGGCAGAGGGGCGGAUAGGGCCGCAGGGGCUACUGCUGCUGCUGGGGUGGGGGCUGCUUCUGCGGCUGGUGCUGCUGCUGCUGCUGCCAACGAUGUUGCCACUGGUGCGGAUGAGGGGCAGGCAGCAACCGCCGCUGCGAACGGCGCUGCUGCCGCUGCUGCUGCACCGGCAGCAGCUGCUGCUGCCGCGAAUGCGAAAACCCCGGCAUCGUCUGCACAGGCGACGAAAUCCCGGCGACCCGCUUGGCAGGGAAACGACGCUGCCAUUCUGAAGCGCCUGGUGGAUAGUGGGUCCGGGCAGGGUAGCUUAGGCCAGACCGGUCCAGGAUCGACCGAGGAUAGCAGUCGGAAACAGCAGGGUUCGCAGCAGCAGCACGGUAGGGAGGGGAAGCAGGCUGGGAAGGCUGGAGGGCAGACUGGUGCUGGCGCGGGUGCAGGGGAGAAGGGGAAGGAUGGGAAGAAGGGUGCGGGUGCACGGCAUGAGGGAUCCGGGGAGGCGGCUGCUGCUGCUGAGAAUAGCAAGGCUGGGGCGUCCGGGGAGGGUAAAGAUAAGGCAGGGGGUGCGGAAAAAGUGGGAGAGGAUGUGAAUGCGGGGGAUGGUGAGAAGGCGGGGCAGAAGGGGAAGAUUCAGGGGGGUGAGAGUGCGGGUGGUGCGAGGAAGAACAGUGGAGGAGGGGGAGGAGGGGGGCCAAGAGUUGCUGCUAGGGUUGUGUCUCAGCCGCAGCGGCAGCACCACCGACAACAGGGACACCAGCACGGGCAGCAGGAGCAGCAGCAGCACCAGAACCAUAAUAAUCAGCACCAGCACCAGCACCAGCACGGUGGGAAGACUAGCGUUUCCACUGGCGCCUCCACUGGUGCCUCUGCGCCCUAUUACUCCUCUGGACACCAUCCUGCACACCACCACACCGCCGCCACAGGUCCUAACGCUGCUGCUGCUGCAGGCGCCGGGCAGCCGAUUCUGCACAUGCACCGUCAGCAGCAGCACCAACAGCACCAGCACCAGCAGGGGAGGUCCAUGCGUUACCAGCAGCGGCCAGGAGCUGCGAACGCCCCUGGUGGCGCUGGCGGUAGUGCUGGCGGCAGUGGUGGUGGUGGUGCUGGUGGGGGAGGCAGAGGAGGGGGGUAUCGCCAUGGGGGAGUGCCAGGGGGGCGCGGGCAGGGGGGAGAGGUGCACCCUGCUGGGGCAGUGGGAGGAGGGGGAGGAGCAGGAGGAGGAGCAGCGGUGGGUGUGAGGCAGGGUGGAGGUAGCGUUGUUCCAGGUGCUUCUGCAGCAGCCGCUGCUGCUGCUGCGGCGGCGGCGGCGGCUUCUUUGAGUGGCGCCCCUGCUGCUGUGGCUGGUGCUGCUGCGGCUGCUGCCGCUGGUACAACAGCAGCAGCAGGGCCAGCGCGAGGAGUAGUCUCCGUUGUACCUGGCACAACCGCAGCAGCAGCAGCAGCAGGAUCCGCCCCUCUAGGCCCGCCUUUCCACGCAGGAACCGCUGGGGUCCUCCCUGGAUCCGCCCCUCCCUCGUCUCUCUACCAUCCCCUCCCAUUCACUGCCCCGCUCGCGCACGCCCCAGGACAAGCCCCGCUCCACCCUCACACCCACCCGCAUGCCCACCCUCACAACCACCCUCACACCCACACUCACACCCACCCGCACACCCACCCGCACCCGCUCCCGCACCUGCACCCGCGCAUGCUGGCGAUGCCUAUAGCGGGGUUCCCUGCAUUCCCUGUGCCGCCCCCCGCUCUGCUGCAAAACGCGGCGGCGCUGCAUGGGGAGGUGCUCAAGUAUGCGGAGGAGGUGCGGCCGCCCAGGGAGGCGCGGGUCAGCGCGGAGCAGGCUGUGGCGUGCGUCAGGCGGACAGUGCGGUCGCUGUGGGAAGGCGCUGACGUUGAGGUGUUUGGGUCAUUCGCCACUGGGCUCGCUCUAGCACACAGCGAUGUUGACGUGGCAGUCAUCAACGCUCCCCCACCGCCAGCUGACCUACCAGAGCUCGCCAGCCUGUCAGGUGCGCGCAUCAGCGCGCCACUCAUCCGCCAGCUGGCAGCAGCGCUGAAGCAGCAGCCGUGGUGCGAGAGCCUGCACACGAUCGAGACCGCCCGCAUCCCCGUCAUCAAGCUGAAGUGCCGCCCGCUGCUGCCCGCAGCAGCAGCAGCUGUAGCAGCUGUACCAGAGAUUGUAGCAGAAGGCACGGAAGGUGGGGUGGUGGCUUCAGAGGAAGGGGAAGGUGCUGCUAGUGCUGCUGUUUCUUCUGGCUCUCCCCCCCCUUCUGCAAACUCCCCCAAAAGCUCUUCACCCACUGCCGACCGGCCAGCAGCAGCAGCAGGAGCAGCAGCAGCAGCAGCAGCAGGAGCAACAGCAGCAGCAGGAGCAACGCUGAAGGCGUCUGGGUCGGUGUCGGACCUGAUGGGGCCGAGCGCCCAGGGCGUGGUGCGGAUGGACAUCACCUUCUCACUCUCGCGCCCCAAGGACAUGGAGGUUCAUGACGGCCCGAGCAGGGUGCUGGCGAAUAAGCUGGACGAGGCGGCUGCGGCACACAAUGGGUCUGCGGCCAGGGAGCUGGUGAUUGAACGGCUGAAGCAAAUGCCUGCGCUCGCUCCUCUGGUGCUGCUGAUGAAGUCCUAUCUGCACCACAGGGGCCUCAAGGACGUCUACACUGGAGGGCUCGGCUCCUUCUCGCUCACCAUGAUGCUCGUCUUUUACCUUGAGAGAGCCCCUGUUGCAUGUGGCAUGGCUCCUCCUCCUGCUGCUGCUUCUGCUGCUGCUGCAGAGACAGCAGCCAAGGCACCAGAGUCGAAAUCGGCAGAAACCAAAGCUGAAGCAGCAGGUGACGAGCCGUCAUCAGACACUCCUGCUGGUGCUGUUGCUGCAGCUUCUGAGACUGCCGAAACUGGCACUACUGGGGCUGGUGGAUCCACCACUGCUGCUGACACUGUGAAUGCCUCCAAUGCUACAGAUGCUCCUGCUGCUGCUGCUCUUGCUGCCAGCAGCAACGCAGAUGCUGCAGAUGGUGCUGCAGAUUCUGCUCUUGCUGCUGCACCUGACGCAGCAAAGAAGCCAUCAGCUGCUGAAGGCAGCACCAGUAGCAGCGUGACAGCAGCAGCUUUGGCGGACGGGCCUGUGAAGGGGGUGGUGGUGGAUGAUCUGCCGGGUUCGGCGCAGUCCGUACCUGUGCCGAACCUGGGAGUGCUGCUCAUCGGUUUCCUGCACCUCUUUGGCCAGGAGAUCGACCUCUCUCGCGUGCGCCUCAUUCUCAGGGGUCUCAACGGCAUGCCAGGGGGCGUGUUUUGGAGGGACCCCUCCAUGCCCCCCGCUGCUCUCUGGAUCGACGACCCUCUCCGCCCAGGGGCGAACAUUGGCUCGGGAUCAUUUGCCAUGUGGCAUGUUCAGGCUGCUAUGCGUGAAAUGCUACAUAUUAUCUCCAAGCCACUCCCCACCCCUUCCACCACCACCACGACUACCGCGACCACCACUGCUGCCUCCUCCUCGCCCACUGCUCCCACUUCCCCUACUGCAACAUCGACCCAAUCCCCAGCAACAGCUGCUUCUGCUGAUGCUGACAGCAACGGCAAUCCAGCAGCAGCAGCAGCAGCAGCAGCUGCUGACAGCAGCAGCACACCCUUGACUCCACCAUCAGGGAAAUCAGCAGGAGAUUCGACUCCCCCUCCUGCUGCUGCUCCUCGGGUCUUUACUCCCUCCUCCAGUCCCAUCCUCUCUUCCGCCUCUCCUCUCCUCUCCUCCCCGUCCCGCCCCUCGCUCUCGCUUCUCGACCUGGCGUUUUCCACGCGCCUGCCGAUCGCCCAGUCCUCCAAGCCGGCUGAAUUGACAUCCUCAUCUCUCGUACUCGCACCUGCUUUCUCCCCUGCCAACCCGUCUGGUGCUGCGGCUGCCCCUCCUCCCGCUGCGCCUCCUGUUGCUUCUGUUGCAGUGGCUGUCGCUGCAGCAGAGUAGCACCUGAGUUUGUCGCUUCCUCCGCUGCCACUUUCUGCUUGUAGCGGUUUGUUGCCUUCGAUCAAGAGCGGAAUAAGCGGGAAAGGCCGUUGAUAAGUCUGACUCAGAAGUGAUUUUUACCAGGGCUGCUGCUGCUGCUGCUGCCUUCGUUUAGUGGGCUGCUGGGGUCAACUGGUGCACGGUGAUGCUGCAUUCGCUUCACGGGAUGCUGAACAAUUGUUUUCGUACGCCAUGUUUUUCAAGCCCAAGCAGUUUCAAAUGGCAGCACCUUCUAGUGGCUGCCCUGCCCAUGCAGCAGUUUCACAAGUGGAAGCAGUUUCACAAGUGGAAGCAGUUUCACAAGUGGAAGCAGUUUCACAAUUGGAAGCAGUUUCAAGUGGAAGCAGUUUGAAGUGGAAGGGCAGCAGCUCCGGGCAGCAGUAGGGGCGUUGGAGCAUAACAAGCAUGUGGUGGUGGCGUUUACGCUUUCCUUGUAUGCGGCUGUGGGCAUUCCGAGGCUGCCUGCUUCUGAGGGGGACAGUUAGUAAGGCACCUCGGAAGCAGCUGAGAUGUUGGGGACAGUUUGCAUGAAUCCUGGAGCUGGCGCACAUUGUUGGUGCAUAUUGUGCCGAGCAAGACCGACGACCCUGGAGCAUGAGGCGAUGGCUGGCUCGCGUUGACAGAUGCUUUGUUUUGAACUGCGCUGGAGAGAAGCUUCAUUUGUCAGGCGUUUAUUCACAUUGCUUGGAUGGAGGGUGGUGCUUCUUACCUUGUGUGCAGCAAGUCCGCGGGAGGGGAGUGGGAAUGCGUGAGGGGGGCAAGCACACAAGGCAUGGCAUGGGGUGUUGCUGUUUCACGGUGGGGGGGUGUGCAGGGCAGGUGCUGGUGCUGGUGCUGGCUGAUUGGUUGCUGAGGGUUGCUGGAUUAGUUUCGUUUGCUGGCGGUUGUGCCAUGACGACCCUUGUCGUCCACUGCGUUCUGGUCGAAGGGGUGAUUAUGACUUGGUCAAGAGUUGGGACUCAGGCACGCCACGGGUCACUUCACUUGCUGAAGGGUCGGACGCAUGGGUCACUUCACUUGCUUUGCUUGCCCUUCGCUGUGAGGGAAUUUUGGUGCUUUCCAGGACCAGAGUUUUGCCAUUUGUCGAUGCAACUGCAUCUGGUUAGGUUUGGGUUUUAGUCCAUAACGCUUGCACCUUUGUUUCUGGAUGUGUUAUGGUUUGCUUUUGAACCCUUUUUUCUUUGUUAUUACCGCACCUUGGGAUUUAAGGCACUAUCCGAUGACUGCCAUGUGAGGGACCUCUCCACCGCCGAGGAGACAGGACAUGCCGCCGAGAGGGCGGGGGCCGCCGCACCAGCCUCUGUCGUUCGAGCCGCCGGCGCCGCCGCUGUUGCCGCAGGCCUGGAGCCGCCGCACACCGCCGCCGCCGUCGCCGUCGUCACUGUCGCUGCUGCCGCCAUUGCCGUCUCAAGGGGCCGUGAGACCUACCCUCUUCCGGAGUCGUUGC